UGUUUUUGUAGUAGUACACUUGGAGACUGUUGUAGAGACGUGGUUGAAGUUAAGGGAGUUGAGCAACUUUGCUCAGCACCGAAAGAGUUAACUGUAGUUAACGGCACCUCUGACGAACCCUUUUAACGAGCAAGUGCGGGCAUCGGGACAAGUUUGCCUUUGAGUCUGACUUGCUUAAAAUGAGCAGCUUUUACUUUUUGUGCAAUCGGGAUAACACUUCGCAGCGGAGAAAUAUCUUUUAGAAGAGAGAGUCCCGACGAAGACGUCGCUUCUUGGAUUCGCCGAGGAAGUGCUGAGGCGCGCGCUAGGCUGGGCAACUUUUCCCGCGGGAUGUCAGAAGCUGACGAGCAGAAGAUCCAUCACCCGAAAAGUUCUCAUGCCCCUUCAGGUGGGAGCGCUGCGAUUUUGGAGCAUCCCGCAGCCAAUGAGAACGGAGGGCUGCGUUGCGCCGACAGGGGGCGCUGCGCCAGCGGGCAACAAGCGGACGACGGCGGCGGAGGCACGGCCGCGGAAAGCGCGUGGAACAGGCAGGAGGUGUGUCCGGGCUUGGCGGUCGGGAACGCGCACCCCAAGUUCCCCGCCGUCAGUAAGCCCCGGCGCGAGCCAGAGGCGGACGCCGCCGGCGAGGGCGCGCUCGUCGCUCACGGCAACAGCGGCGACGGCCCCAGCGAGGAGACGCUGAGCCAGGUGCAGGGGGAGAGCGGCGGGCGCUUGGCGCGGACGAGCGCGGGCUCCUCCGGGGGUCGCCAGCAGCACGCGGGCGACGCGCGCCUCGGCAAGAAGAGACACCGGCGGCGGCCGUCCAAGAAGAAGCGCCGCUGGAAGCCCUACUUCAAGCUGUCCUGGGAGGAGAAGAAGGAGCUGGACGAGCGCGAGACGGCGCGCGCGGCGCGCGUGCGAGCCGAGAUGUUCGCCAAGGGCCUCCCGGUGGCCCCCUACAACACCACGCAGUUCCUGAUGGAGGAGCACGACCGCGAGGAGCCCGACCUUAACACGGAGCUCGCGUGCCGCCGCUUCCUGGGCGCCUCGCGCUCCGAGGAUACGGCCAGCGAGGAGGACGGUUUCGAGCCCGAGGAGGACGACGAGGACGGCAGCGGCGGCGGCAGCGACGGCAUCGGCCGCGCGGGCGGCGAGUUCCUGCAGCGGGACUUCUCCGAGACCUACGAGCGCUACCACGUGGAGAGCCUGCAGAACAUGACCAAGCAGGAGCUCGUGCGCGAGUACCUGGAGCUCGAGAAGUGCAUGUCGCGCCUGGAGGAGGAGAACAACCGGCUGCGGCACAGCAGGAGCGCCGCGGACGGGGACGGGGACGCGGGCGCGGGCACUGGGGGCGCGUGCCGGCUCCGCGAGCUGGAGAGCGAACUGGAACGGCUGCGGGCGCAGAACGACGAGCUGCGCGCGCAGAACCAGCAGUGGAAGGAGCGCGAGCGCGGGCGCGUCGGGUCUGGCGAGCACGAAUAGGGGCGGGGGGGGGAGGAGUGGGGGUUGGGCAACUUUUGGAUUUAAACUUGUAUUUAAAACAGCAACAAACAAAGGUGGCGAGUUUUCUAUAAGCGGUUUCAUACGGCCUUGGACUAUCCGAACUGCACCGCAACACUCGUUACAACACCAGAUUCUUUCUCAUUUUUUUUUUUUUUUUUUACAGGACAACUUCCUUCAGGUCUCAUUGAAAUUGUGCGAGUAUACAAAUGACACACUUUAUUUUUUAUUUUUAAAAACAUUACAACUGGGGAUGAAAGUGGUGUUCUGUCAAUGUUUCCUUGUUAAAGACUAAUGUGUAGAAUGUACUCGAGUCCCCGAGUCGUUGCAUUAUGACUCCCUGUAAUUUAACUUUUUUUGUGGAAGACUCGUCUUAGACGUUCAGAAAAAUGUUAUUACAUUUGUAAAUACAGAAAUACAAAUGCAAAACCUA